GACACUUUUGCACUAUAAGGUAGCUUGGUGUUGAGGUUCGUCAAUUGUUCUAACAGUCAAGUUCUUUCAGUAUUCCAUAGAACACCGUUCUAGUAUAUAUAUAUAUUAUAAAUAAAUAAAUAAAUAUAUAUAUAUAUAUACAUUUAACAACUGACCGAUAAACAAAGUAAUUUUUUUAGGGUUGAAGGGGAAAGAUGUUCGGACGACGGGUUGCAUCAGGUUACGGCAUCCCCAAGGUGAUGUACGCCCGUUUAGGGAUUCAUUCAUCGAAGCAAGCUAACCGGCGGGUCCCCGCGCUAGUGCCCGUGAGCGGGAUGAUCUCGCGCAGCGUAAGUGGAGGCCUUAAUGAGCUUCUUGCAGCAUCCUACGGUGAGAAAAUCGCAAUUGGGGGGGAUCUUGCGAAAACGAUAAAUCCGCUUGCCUGCCUUGGGCUGCUACCAAGCACCUUGGCGAACUCAGUCUACGCUAACCAAUUUUUGAUAAAAUUGCUAAUGGAUAUGACAUGCACUUAUAGAUUUAUGAUUUCGCAUUUAAUAGGUGGAUGA